CUGUUCCUUAAUGUGUUAGGUUAUGUGCAUAUUAUAUUAUGGUUAUACGGUCGGUUAUACUUAUACUAACCAUAGCUCUAAAAUUUACUGCACUUAGAAAAAAUUCCUCUUCCUCUUCAGUCUAAUUAUCGUAUUUAAUAUCUUCGUUUUAGUGUCCAAAAGUAAUAUUGAAAUGUUUCAAUGUAGUGAUCUAAUAACAACAGAAUUUCCACAAAUUGACGACGAUUUAAAGCAGUACAUUGAAGGUGUUUUAGAGAAUGGUGCAGAUGAUUUUCAAGAUAGUGAAGAAAUAUACGAAGCUAUUGGAGAAGUGUUACAAGAAAUUUCAAUCGACAAAAGUGAUAUAGAAAUUAGAAAUAUAUGUAAACAAUUACUUAAUUUAUUAAAGCCAGAAAAGGAUAGAGAAAAGAAUGGUCCACAUAAAAUUUUAAAUGCUCCUGUUCAUUUGGGAAGCAUGGCAGCAAACUUAGAGAGUAAUGUAGAUGAUAUAAAAAGUAUCUGGGUAAUGCAAAGAGAUGAUAGUUUAAAAGUGGAUUCCAAAAAGUUAGAAAAAGCCCAACAAAAACUUCAGCAAAAGCAGGAAAAACGACAAAAUGAAACUGUUAAAACUCCUAUAGCACCAAAACUUGAAACAGCCACAGCUUCCCAGAUAACUAGUAAAAAGGAAACCAAACUGGAAGCAAAAGGAACUAAUAAAACAAAAGAUAUACGAAUAGAAAAUUUUGAUAUAGCAUAUGGUGAUAGAGUACUUUUACAAGGAGCUGAUAUACUUUUGGCAUUUGGAAGACGGUAUGGCCUUAUUGGGAGAAAUGGGCUGGGUAAAACCACAUUGUUGAGAAUGAUUUCUGGUGGUCAAUUACACAUUCCUUCCCAUAUUUCUAUUUUAUAUGUAGAACAGGAGGUUGCAGGAGAUAAUACACCUGCAUUGGAAAGUGUUUUAGAAUGUGAUAAUGUAAGAGAAAGUUUACUUAAAAGGGAAAAGGAAAUUAGUGCUACAAUUAAUGCAGGAUCAAAUGAUCCUCAUCUAUCCAACGAACUUUCUGAAAUAUAUGUCCAACUACAAAAUAUAGAAGCAGAUAAGGCACCAUCAAGGGCUUCAGUUAUUUUAAGUGGUUUAGGGUUCACACCCACAAUGCAAAGUCAACCAACAAAAAAUUUUUCUGGUGGGUGGAGAAUGAGGCUUGCCUUGGCUCGAGCUCUGUUUUCAAGACCAGAUUUACUUUUGCUGGAUGAACCUACAAAUAUGUUGGAUAUAAAGGCAAUAAUAUGGUUAGAAAAUUAUCUUCAAAAUUGGCCCAAUACACUGUUGGUUGUGUCACAUGAUCGCAAUUUCUUGGACACUGUUCCAACAGACAUAUUGUAUUUACAUUCCCAGAGAAUUGAAGCAUACAGGGGAAAUUAUGAACAGUUUAUGAAGACAAAAACUGAAAAGCACAAGAAUCAACAACGAGAAUAUGAAGCGCAACAGCAACAUAGGGAACAUGUGCAACAGUUUAUUGAUAGAUUUAGGUAUAAUGCCAAUCGAGCUGCCUCUGUUCAGUCAAAAAUAAAGAUGUUGGAAAAAUUACCUGAACUUAAGCCAAUUGAUAAGGAAGUCGAUGUUGUUCUAAAAUUUCCAGAAACAGAACCUCUUUCGCCGCCAAUUCUACAAAUUAAUGACGUCUCUUUUGCCUAUAGUCCCGAAAAAGUGAUAUUUCGUAGUGUCAAUCUAGGGGCCACAUUAGAGUCAAGAAUUUGUAUUGUAGGUGAUAACGGUGCCGGUAAAACAACACUCUUAAAAUUGAUAAUGGGAAUUUUAACUCCUACAUCUGGAAUAAUUAAUAUGCACAGAAAUCUCAAAUUUGGCUACUUCAGUCAACAUCAUGUGGAUCAGCUGGAUAUGAAUGUAAAUUCUGUUGAAUUACUUCAAUCAGCAUAUCCAGGGAAACCAAUUGAGGAAUACAGAAGACAGUUAGGCAGUUUUGGUGUGUCUGGUGACUUGGCCUUACAAACAGUUGCAAGUUUAUCAGGAGGCCAAAAAUCUCGAGUAGCCUUUGCAAGAAUGUGCAUGGGUAAUCCCAACUUUUUGGUUCUUGAUGAACCCACCAAUCAUUUAGAUAUUGAAACUAUAGAAGCUCUAGGGAAAGCUAUUAACAAAUACACAGGGGGAGUGAUAUUAGUUUCUCACGAUGAACGUCUUAUUCGGAUGGUAUGUAAGGAGUUAUGGUUUUGCUCCAGUGGUAAUGUGCAAAGCAUCGAUAACUUUGAUGAAUAUCGAAAGAUUGUGGAAAGAGAAUUAGAAGCCCAGACAAAAUAGCCUUAUCAAUUUACUAUUUAUUGUAUAUAAGAAAGUAAAUUUAAAAAUGUGGAA